AUGGGACUGUGGUCAUUUUGGAGUUUUUCUCUUUUGGCAUUCGCGCUGCUGCACCCCUUUCAACCCAAGUUUGUGGCUCAAGCCGAAAUAAGUUCCCCCGGAACAAACGAUAGAUUUUAUCGGCUGGAUGUAACGCCGCUGGAGGCACGUGUGAUCCGAAAAGUCUCGCCCAAAAUCGACGACAGCACAAAAGUUUUAAGCGCUUUUGAAACGGAAGCAGUCGGUGCUUCGAAACCGAACAAUGGAAAGCAGGUGGGGAAAGACAACCAGAGUGGACUUGGAGCGGAGGCACCGAUCGGCGUCAACACGGCACCAAACUAUCACAACCGUCUGAAAAUACCUGGCAAAAAGUGUGGCAACAUUUCCGAGGACGACCAAAGGCGACGCGCGGCAAAUAUGAUGUUAGAAAACACAUUUCCUGGCACAAGGAAGAGGGCAACAAGGAGUGUCGGCACAACAUACGGCGAAAAUGUGGAUAGGAGUAUAGGUGGAGAAGCGCAGUCAAGAGAGAGGUUUGUGGAGACCAUCCAAGGUGUUCCCAACUCCAGAGCCGAGUACCGGCGCGCUGGGGAGGAAGCCAGAGGGUCUAACCCGAGGCACAGUGAGCCGCACCUGGACACUUCCACUUUUGCUCUGUCGGGAGACUCGGCGCACAACCAGGCGAUGGUGCACUGGUCCGGGCACAACAGCAGCGUGAUCCUGAUCUUGACUAAGCUGUAUGACUUCAACCUGGGGGCUGUUACUGAGAGCUCGCUCUGGAGAUCCAACGAUUAUGGAAGCACCUACACCAAACUCAAUGACAAAGUGGGCUCAAGGACAGUCUUAAGUUACCUGUACGUCUGCCCUACCAACAAACAGAAGAUAAUGAUGCUCAGCGACCCAGAGGUAGAGAGCGCUGUUCUCAUCAGUUCAGAUGAAGGGGCAAGUUUUGAGAAGCAUCCCAUUAGCUUCAAUAUCCUGAGCCUGCUCUUCCACCCCGCACAGGAGAACUGGAUCCUGGCUUACAGUCACGACAGCAAGCUGUACAGUUCAAUGGACUUCGGGAGGAAAUGGCAGCUCGUCCACGACAGCGUGAUGCUGGGCCGGUUCUACUGGGCGGUAAUGGGGCUGGACAGAGAAUCUGAUGUGGUCCACAUCGAGACGCGCAUCGCCAAAGGCCGCGCUCAGUAUGUGAAGUGCAGAGCCCAACGAUGCACAGAAGGCAACAGGCAAUACCUCUUCCCUGGACACGUGGACACCAACUCACUGGUCGUGCAGGACGAAUAUGUUUUCACACAGGUAACCAAGUCAGGACGAGCCAGCUACUUUGUCUCCUACAUGAGAGAAUCCUUCAAGCAGAUGAAAUUACCUAAGUAUUGUCUCCCGAAGGACAUGCAUAUUAUCAGUACAGAUGAGAAGCAGGUGUUUGCUGCAGUCCAGGAGUGGAAUCAGAACAACACUUACAGCCUUUAUAUCUCAGACUCCCCCGGGGUCUUCUUUACCCUUUCAUUAGAGAAUCUGAGAACCAGCAGAGGACCCGCCGGUAACCUACUGGUUGACUUUUACAAGGUCGAGGGGAUAAACGGCAUGUACCUCGCCAACAAACUGGUGGACAAUCACAUCAAGAGCUUCAUCACAUACAACAAGGGACAAACGUGGGCCCUGCUGCCGGCUCCUGCCGCUGAUGUGGCUGGAAAUAACCUUCACUGCGUCCUGCCAUUUUGUUCGCUGCAUCUUCAUCUGGAGAUGUCAGAGAAUCCCUACACGUCCGGACCCAUCACCAGCAAAAAGUCUGUACCAGGCAUCAUCGUGGCUACAGGGAACAUCGGAACAGAGCUGUCCUCCACCAACCUUGGGAUGUUUAUAACAUCUGAUGCAGGGAAUAGCUGGAGACAGAUUUUUGAUGAAGAGCACAACGUUUGGUUUCUUGACAAUGGAGGGGCGAUGCUGGCAGUCCUACAUGCAGCGACACCUAUUCGCCACUUAUGGAUCAGUCUAGACGAAGGAAAAAAAUGGGACCGUCACAGUUUCUCCUUGGCACCACUGUAUGUGGAUGGUGUUUUAAUGGAGCCGGAAUCUGACAAUCACAUUAUCACUUUCUUUGGACACUUCAGCCAUCGGUCAGAGUGGCAGCUGAUCAAGAUCGACUACAAGGGCCUCUUUAGCAGGAGAUGCAUGGAUGGAGAUUAUCAGACGUGGCACCUGCACAACAAGGGAGAGCUGUGUGUGAUGGGUGAGAAGCAGAUCUAUAUGAAGCGCCGGCCAGGCAACCGUUGCAUGCUGGCCCAGGACUAUUCAAGGAUCUAUUCCUCAGAGCCGUGCCUCUGCACAGCUUAUGAUUUUGAAUGUGAUUACGGGUGGGAGCGCCAGGCAGACGGGAAGUGCUCCCCUGCUUUUUGGUUUAAUCCAAAUGGUGCGGCUAAAAGCUGCAGCAGCAGCCAAAGCUUCCUUAACAGCACAGGGUAUCGGAAGGUUUUGUCCAACAACUGUAAAGAGGGAGGGAGGAACGUGUACUCGCCCAGGAGGCAGGCGUGUCGUCCCAGACCACCUCGUGGCCUCCGGCUGUCCACCAGUCACGGAGAGCUCAGCGCCGCUGUUGGGAGCAACGUCACUUUCAUGGUGUACCUGGAUGAUGGAGACUCACAGAGGACCAGCAUCCAGCUAGACUUCGGGGACGGCAUCAAGAUCACAUACUCUAACCUGAGCAGGACUGAUGAUGGCAUCAAGCACAUCUACAGAGCGACUGGGAUUUACCGAGUGACAGCGUCUGCUGAAAACGGCCAGGGAUCUGACAGCAGCACGCUGUUUUUACACAUCACCAGUCCAGUGGAGCGUGUAUAUCUCUCCGCUCCUAUUGUGGCCAUCCGGGGGAAGGAGGCUAAUCUGACUGUGGUGGUUUGGCCGAGUCACACCAGAACAUUGACCUUCUUCUGGUGGUUUGAUAACAGCUCUGAGCCCAUUAUAACCUUGGAGGGAAGCAUCUCUUACACGUUUCAGAGAGAGGGAAAAAACAAGGUCACGGUCCAGGUUGCUUCUGGGAGCACCAUAAUGCAGGACUCAAAAGUUAUAACUGUUAAAGAGUUCUUCAGGUCGCUGCUGCUGUCGUUCUCGCCAGCUCUUGAUGAGCACAAUCCUGACAUCCCCGAGUGGAGGGAGGACAUAGGGCGCGUGGUGCGGACAGCGCUGUCACAGGUGUCUGGUGUACCUGAAGAGCAGCUGCUGGUGUCUUUGUACCCUGGACUUCCAAGUACAGCCGAGCUUUUUAUUCUACCUGAUGAGCGUACAUCAAGUGAGCACAAGAGAAGCAGCGAGGAGGCUCUAGAGACGAUAUCAGAUAUUUUUGUCACUGCCCUGAACCAAGGCCUGAUCCAGUUUGAGCUGAAAGCUGACAUUCGCAUCAUUGUGUACAUGACUCAGCAAACUUUGGCACCACUGGUGGAUUCAAACUCCAUCCACAGUGGGUCGGCCAUGCUGAUGCUGCUCACUGUGGUGUUCGUCGGCUUAGCGGCGUUCUUCAUCUACAAGUUCAAAAGGAAAAUCCCCUGGAUCCACGUUCAGACUGAGGACAGUCACGAGAAGGAGCCGGAAGUGAUCAGUACAGUCGGCCAGAACGACAACAUGUCCAAGGUCAAGCUCAGCGAGUUUCCCUCUCCGAAAGAGCUCAUGGAGAAGGAGCUGGAGGCCAGGAGCAGAGGUGGAGGUGGAAGAAAUAUGGAGAGAAUUGUCACAAGGGAAUUUCCAAACUGUACUAAUGUCUAAAACAAGCGCUCUGUUACUGAGUAAGUACAGAUUGUUGUGUUACAAUUGUGCUGAAAAUGUUUGCUUUGUUGGCACUGUUUUUUCAUUUAUUCCACGCUGAUAGCUGCUAUCGUUCAAAGUCAUGUUUUUAACUCACAUGGAUAGAGUUAGUAUCUACUUUACAACACUUGAUGAAGAUCAGACCACUGAGCCAGACUCCAGGGCCUCUAGUUUGACGGCGGUGAAUUGCUGAAAUCGGCCGAUAAGUUCGGCUCAAAAUGUCCAAUUAGCAUCAGGAUUCCACAGCUCUGUAUGGACACCGUGGCUGUACUGUUGAUAUUAGUAUUCAUGACUAUUCAGAUGUGUAAUUUUGAUGAACGCCUUACUGCCUGUGACAUACCAUCCUUCUUCUUAAUUACGAUAAUGUCAAGAGAGGAAAAACAGACUGACUUUCCGGAAUAUAAUACCUCAAAAGCUAUAAAAAAUACCCUAAUAUAAGGUCAAUGAGAAAAGUACCAUUAACUCACGGAUCAGUACAAGAGAAAGAAUGUAUCGGUUUCAAUCUGAGUUUGAUAAAGUUGCUUUAACUUCGGCGCUGAAUGACAGAAUUAUCCUGACUUACUAUGAGGAUAUUUCGGCCGUUAAGGAAUAUUCUAAAUAUAAAUCAGGGCUUAAAAUGAUGUGAUGUAAUAAAAAUGUUUUGGAGAUCUUACAGUACUUGUUGAUAAUGUUUCCCUCUUAGCGUAAUGUUUGUUCAUAAAUUGAACCAGCGGGCUAUAAAACUUGUCAAGUGUAACCUUUUCUUCGUGUUCUUUUUAUGAUUUCGUGUCUUUUCCCCACAUGCUUAAUGGAGAAAACAACCCGCACAACAAAGAGUUGCCUGUUUAAGGCAGAACACAUAGCACUCUGCCUCCAUACAGCAGAAAUAUAAUUAAUUGAAUAUUUUAAGUUUAGUUAUCAUUUCUUUAUGUGAAAUUAGCCCCUUUAACUUUAUGCUCUGGAUAAACUUUUGCAUUUGCCGCCCUAUGACUACAGGUAUAUAUCUAUAUCUAUAUAUAUAAAUAAAUGUCAAA